CAGGUGAUUUUCCAGAAAGGGAUAGUUGCUCACGAAGUCGGACAUUCUCUCGGAUUUUGGCACGAACAAUCACGACCAGAUCGCGAUCGAUAUAUAUCACUGAACAAGCAAUUCAUAAUACGCGGCACCGAUGGAAACUUCGAACGACGGACUACGCAGGAGAUCGAAAACAUGGGCCUACCGUAUGAUUUGGGCUCCGUGAUGCACUAUGGAGCUAAUGUACGUAAAUAUCACAGUGUUGUAGCCCUUAUCGUCUUUGGCGGGUGCGCAUCCAAUGUGAAAAAUUUCAGAGGGGAUGCAGGGUUUUUGUGUAGGUGCAUGUACUUAUUCUAUUUCGAGAAACUACCUCGUAAGUUUGAGAAAAGUAAGGGUUCGUCAAAGAUGAAAACACAUCACACGACGGCAAGUUGUGGGUAG